AUGGCUUCAUUAGUACAGCGUCGUAUGCUCUCAAAGGCGGACGAGGAGGCAGCCGACGAGGUCGAGGUUCGACGUGAGGACCAGGACAAGAUCAACCGAUUCAGCCGUUUACACCAGCGAGAACUUGUUUUGGGCGAAGAGCUUAGCGCUAAGAACAAGGAGAAGGAAGAGCUUGACGAUUUGUCCACAGAGCUCGAACUCGCCGACGAGGACGAGAAGAUACAGUACAAGAUUGGCGAUGCCUUUUUCCACGUCUCAGUAGAGCAGGCCCAGGAGAUGCUUGAAAAAGCAACGGAAACGCUUGAGGAAGAGUCAACAUCUUUGGAGGAAAAGCUGUCGACUAUCCGCGAGGAGAUGACAAAGCUCAAGGUCGAUUUAUAUGCCAGAUUCGGAAAGCAGAUCAAUCUAGAGACUUGA